AUGGACAUUGCGGAAGCCCGGAGACUCGCAGACGCGGUGGCAGCAAACUACCUCACCUGGCGGAGAGCACGAGCAGCGAGAGGACAAGCGAAUGCUGCUGCAGCAAGCACGGUACAUCCGGCCAACUUUGUAGCCGGUCAACGUGACAUGCUCGAACGCCUGCAGUCUACAGCCAGACAUGUCAUGAAAUAUGAUGAUAUUGAACUCCAGGAUAUAGCUCGGAAUGAGAUACCAAUCGACCGAUUACACGAGGAAGCACACAAAUUGGUAGAUGCAAAUCCUGAAAGCGAUUUCCAUGAUCAUCUUGUGAAAGCACUCUUAAAAUGGUUCAAGAAUGAGUAUUUUGUUUGGGUGAACGAACCACCGUGCGAUUACUGCAAGAGUCCUACAACGAGUGUCGGGGGAGCCGCGCCUACCGAUGCAGAGCUCCGACAUGGCGGAGGUCGGGUAGAACUUUAUGUAUGCACGUCUUGCCGCCGGCAUACCCGCUUUCCACGCUACAAUGACCCAGUGAAGUUAUGUGAGACCAGACGUGGCCGUUGUGGCGAGUGGGCGAAUGUGUUCUGUCUUUUUGCCAAAGCCAUGGGAUUUGAGACGCGGUACAUUCUGGAUUUUACGGAUCAUGUCUGGACAGAGAUAUAUAAUGAAAGGGAGAACCGCUGGAUAAACUGCGAUUCAUGUGAAGGAGAGCAAUCCUAUGAUCAACCUUUGGUAUAUGAAGCGGGCUGGGGAAAGAAGCUGAACUACAUCUUUGCCUUUGGCAGCCAUGAAGUGGUGGAUGUAAUUCACAGAUAUACGCGCAACUUUGGGGAGGUGCAGACACGGCGAACUAUGGUUAGCGAAGACUGGCUGGAGAAGACGAUUCGCGACAUGACAGCCCGGAAAAGAGCCGAUUUACCUCCAAGUGUUCGGGCAGAGCUGGAGGAACGUGAUAAGACGGAACAAAGCCAGUUGAAAACCAAUUUCCAACGAUCAGCACAUUCAGAGGAGCUGGUUCCGCGACAAUCAGGUUCACUUGAAUGGCGUGCGGCAAGAGGAGAAUUAGGGAGUGGCGGAAAUCAGAGCACUGUCAAACCACAGCAAGGGGAGAAUGUUGUCUUCAAGCUGGGGGAUACAUCUGCUGAUUUUGUAUUGUCAGGAGCGGCGAAGAAAACAGGUCAAUUGGUUGAGCUUACUCCAGCUCAGCCAGACAAGAUUGGCAGUGUCUUUGCAUCAAAGAAAAUCGAUCUCGGAGCGCCUUGCAUCGUUGACUUUACCUUUCGCAUUUCAAACAAGGAUGGACGUUCGGCGGAGGGCUGUGGUGAUGGGUUUGCUUUUGUCAUUCAGUCGCAUGCCUCGAGUGCUUGUGGCGCUUCCAAUGUCGGCGGUUCUGGGUUGGGUUAUGAAGGGAUUCCUCAUUCAGUUGCCGUUGAAUUCGACACGUAUGCCAAUGGUAAUCGCGGCGACCCGAAUGGGAAUCACAUCAGUGUGCAAACACGAGGAAAUUUACCGAACAGUGCACACCAUGAUUAUUCCAAAGGUCUUGCUACCCGUCUACCGCCAUUUAACAAUGGGACCAACUACCAUUGUCAGAUUAUAUGGAUGCCAUCUGAAAAGUCUUUACAGGUGCUUCUAACCGAUAGGAGUGAUGCAGCUGAGGAUGUAGGAACAGAUUUUGAGAGAAUAUUGACAGUAAAAGACAUAGAUUUGAUUGAGAUUUGCGGUAGUCCGUUGGCUUGGUUUGGCUGUGAGAUAGCCAAGAUGAGUCAGGUAUCUGAAAAGACCCGACAAGUCAUUGCAAAAUACGACCGGGAUGGAGAUGGAUACUGGACAGAGGAUGACUUUAGAGAGUUUAUGAGGGAUAUGGGGCAUGGUGAUAUCGGCGCAAGUCGGAUGCAUGCCUCGUUCCAGUAUCUCGAUACGUCAAAGUUGGGAAAGAUUGAUGCUGUGAUGUUUGAAAAGGGAAUCAAUCUCUUGUACGAACGAGACUUUUACUUUGGCAAACCUCGCAGUGAUGACGAUCUAAGUUCGGUUCGACUAACUGUUCGGUCUCGUCGGUAUCCUGUUAUCGUGAAACCUGAAGUGUCGGAUCCUAUGCUCCUCUAUACUUUGGUGGAGAAAGUGGGUGAAGGGUCAUUUGGGGAGAUUUACAAAUCCGUCUCAAAGCAGGAUCCGCAACGGUUCGUCGCCUUAAAGAUAAUCGAUCUGGAACAAACACAGGAUGACUUGGAGGAUCUGCUGUAUGAAGUGGACUUUCAAGCCAAGUGCUUUUCGCCACAUCUUGCGCGGUAUUUCGGAUCCUGGCUUUGGCAUAGCAAGCUUUAUAUCGCAAUGGAAUACUUGGGCGGAGGAACCGCUGCAGAAUUGAUCAAGUUUGCAAAGCUAUCAGAGGAGCAAUGUUCAUACAUUCUUCGUGAGGUUCUGAAAGGAUUGGAUUACAUGCAUUCAGAGAAACGGAUACACCGAGAUAUCAAAGCUGAAAAUAUACUAUUUGACAAUAGCGGCUCGUUAAAGCUCGCGGAUUUUGGGGUUGCUGGGCAGAUUGCGCCGAAUAGUACGUCGAGGUCUACUUUCGUUGGAACUCCGCUCUAUAUGGCGCCAGAGAUUAUCAGAGGCGAGGAAUAUGGAGUUAAGGUCGACAUAUGGAGUGUAGGAAUUCUGGCGAUUGAACUAGCAACCGGCGCCCCACCUCGAUCACAUCUACAUCCGAUGGACGUGUUAUAUGCAACUGUUUCCGAGGAUGCCCCCAUACUGAAAGGAUCACAGUUUUCUCCCGAGUUUCGUGACUUUGUUAGCAAAUGCUUGACCAAACAGUCUGCAGAGCGCCCAUCAGCCCGGGACCUUCUCUCCCACCCUUUCACACAGAAAGAACGAGAUAAGGUCGUUUUGAGAGAUAAUCUUGAAAACUAUUGGAGGAAACGGAAGGAACUUGCUGGAAUUGCAGCCAAGACGGUCACCCGUGGCGAUGAUUGGUGGCAGCAGUAUAACAAGUUCCAGAGUCCAAAACCAUCGUCACCAGUCGGUCCACAGGUCUCGGCAGCCGCUAGAGCGUCAAUCCGCGCGGAUCUCGCCCAUAUUGAUCCAACCGCAACGUACGGGAAGAGAUCAGCGACGCGGGUAUCGGACGGUGCAAUGAUGGGGAAGAACGUGCCGCUAGGACGAGCUAUGGGCGUCAAUAUGCGAGGUGUCCCAGGGGUCUCUAUGGCAGUCAUUGAGGCUGCGCAACACCGAUUACGCCCGGUAACUACGGACAUGGGGAGACCAAGAUCAGAUACUGUAGAUGCUGGACGGGGACGACCGAUGACCCCGGGAGGUGGGGCCUCACGGUCCAAUCUGAGGGAACCAGGUGGUGGUCCUCCGGGUGGAAUAGCAUUGCCGGUACCAAUCCAGCCUCCAAAAUUUCAGAAAUCCUCAGCGUCUUCACUAGAACCCUCGGCACCUCCUCUGCCGCUUGAAUACCAACCCCAUCCGAGGCCGGUCCAGCCCGUAGGGUACGCACCCAACAUGCCAUUGCUUGUUGUCCCUCCUGGCCCUCCUGGCCCUCCAAUGGUCUCACGGUCCCCAAGUCCAUCACCACAAGACUCUGCGUUUGUUUAUUACACGCCAUCACCACCUUCCCCAGCACCAUACAUGAGCAGUGCCCCAUCUCCUAGUGCCUCACCGAGAAUAUCGUAUGCAGAGUCAUCAUACCGGCCGGCUUCCACCUUUGUACCCAUUGAACCCCCUGCACUGAUUCAAAGGCCCUCGUCGGCAGGUCCCCGAAUGCAUCCAUCGCCCCUUCAAUCCACUGUAGCUCAAAAUCGACGUAUCUCUGCGCCCCCAGGUCCUGUCCAACCACAGGGAGGUCACCGGCUGGGACCUCAACCCGCUGUACGUGGACAACUACCCGACGGUGGGGCGUCCGAAGGGGUCAUGCCCGGCCGAGACCGCUCAGCAUCUACUUCCUCGUUUAAUGCUCCUAUUCAACCACCUCGAUUGAGCACCGAGCCUCCCAAAUUGAAGCCAGGCGGUCGACCAAUCUCUACCAUAUCCGAUCUACGUGAAGUAGAUUUGUCAGAUACAUUCAAAAAGAUCGUUCCAACGUCUUUGCAACAUGCGCUCUCGUUUGAUUCACAAGAGCGCACUCUUGGAUUCCUCGGAGUUCUCGAUGAGUUGUAUUGUACUGAAUUGCGUUACAUGGAGACUCUCCAAUCCAUUAUGGAGGUCUAUGUGCGACCGUUGAUUGCCCCACCAAAGGGCAAAAGUCAGGUCUUGAAGGAAGAUCAGAUAAAGACGAUUUUUGCAAACUUGAGUCCACUGCAUUUAUUUAGUGUGCAGUGGCAGAAUGAGGUGAAAGGGGCUAUGGAGAUGGCCAAUGCGGGCAAUGUGGUCGAGUAUUUGAUGAAAGCCCUGGAUGCUUUGACCCCAACGCUUCAACAGCUGUACACGCAAUACGCUGACAAUUUCUGCGCUGCAAUGUGGGAAAUUCAAAAGUGCUUGCGUGAGAGCUCCAAAUUCCGAGACUUUGCGACGCAUGCACAGCUCGAUAAGCAAUGCGGCGGACGGUCUCUGUACGAGUUGAUGAAGGCACCUUUUGGACGGUUGACUCAAUGCGUCAUGCUAUAUGAAGAACUUGCGGAAGCAGGCCAAGUGCAAGAAUUCUUGACGACAGUUAGCUACAUUUCAAAGUUGUCCGCUGACAUGGCGGCAGCACAGGAUAAUUGGGAAAAUCUGAUCUCAAUGUUGGUGCAUAUAGCCAACAUCCCACCUGCAGUCAUUCUCAAACGAGGUCAGCAUAUCCUUAUUGAGGAGACAGUUGACAAGGUCAAGAUAAACUCCAACGGCUCCGUAACCUCCCGCAAACCCGUUCGACUAUAUCUCCUCAAAGAUGUUUUCAUUGUGACAAAAGUUUUAAAGGACGCUCAUGAACCUGUGGAUUUGGCGUUCUUGUUAAAUCCGAGCAAAAAUGUGAAGCUUCCUAAACCCACAUUGCAAUAUCGGACACUGCAGUUGAGGGAUUUUGUCAAGGCGGAUGUAAUUGCUGGGAAAGAUGGUGAUCGCGGAACAAGCAUGUUUAGUGUUACGGUGACGUUGAAGAAGGGCAAGACAUAUCACUUCUCCGCCUCGUCAGUAGCAGCAAGGGAUCGAUGGAUUGAGUCUUUGAAUCCUGAGCCAGUAUGAGAUGGAUGAUGACCGUUGGAAAAAGACUCGAAUUGGCGUGAUGGGGGAAUGGCCUUUUUUUUACGUACCGAUAAUUGCCCAAUACACACAUAGUUUGCUGUACAUUGUUUCCUUUCCCCAAUACGUUCCUCCUCGUGAAAUAAGCAAUCAGCAG